AUGGGCAAGUCGUCAAAGGACAAGCGUGACGCUUACUACCGUCUCGCAAAAGAGGAGGGAUGGCGUGCGCGGUCGGCAUACAAGCUGCUACAAAUCGACGAGGAGUUCAACCUGUUCGAGGGGGUUACAAGAGUCGUUGAUCUCUGUGCUGCACCAGGGAGUUGGAGUCAGGUACUCUCUCGUGUCCUCAUCAAGGGCGAGACAUUCGGCAGAGCAGGGUGGGAGCAGAAGCAAACAGCAACACGGCGACACGUUCUUGGCUUGGAUCAAAAAGAGGAAGAAGGCACCGCGCCAGCUGUUCAGCAACCAAAGCCCAGAGAAAACGUUCGGAUCGUCGCAAUCGACCUACAACCCAUGAGCCCACUGGAGGGUGUCACCACAAUGCGCGCUGAUAUCACGCAUCCUUCCACCAUCCCGCUCAUGCUCAAGGCACUGGACCCUGAUACAUACGACCCAACCUCAACGUCCUCGUCCUCGCCCGUCGAUCUCGUCAUCUCGGAUGGUGCGCCAGACGUCACAGGUCUGCACGACCUCGAUAUCUACGUGCAGAGCCAGCUUCUUUGGGCAGCGCUGAAUCUGGCUCUGUGCGUCCUCAAACCCGGCGGCAAGUUUGUGGCCAAGAUCUUCCGCGGAAAGGAUGUCGACCUGCUUUUUGCGCAACUCAAGAUCGUGUUCGAGAGGGUGCGAGUUGCAAAACCAAGGAGCAGUCGUGCGAGCAGCAUCGAGGCCUUUGUGGUGUGUGAGGGUUUCUGUCCGCCAGAGGGGUUCAAAGCGAGUCUCGACAAGCCACUGGGCGCCGGGACACAGAUACCGACCGACACGAACGCACCAAAAGAGGAGAAGAAGGAAUCGCGAACAGUCAGGGCAGACGGUGCGAUCGAGCUUGACUUUGGCACCGAGGGUGAGGAUGGGAAUGGUGAUGAAGAGGGUGGCCAGCGAUGGAUAGCGCCGUUCCUGGCGUGCGGCGACUUGUCAGCAUACGACUCCGAUGCGACAUACAAGCUACCGAAAGACAGAGUCAGUCUGGAUCCCGUUCAGCCGCCUACAGCACCACCGUACAAGCGUGCAUUGGAGAUGCGCAAGAUGGCUGGCGGUGCCUACGGGAAGACCAAAGGGAGGGCAAGCAAAGAGAAAGUCUGA